AUUACGUUGAAGAAGCCGCGAGCUAUCUUCCUCCCAAAAUUCGAGAUCUAAGCGUAUCCUUUUUUAGCUAUGCGCAAGAUAGAGAGGGUAGAAAGUCCAUUUUGGGUUAUGCUGCGACAGCAGCAUUAUCUUAUUACGUCGGUCGAACAGUUUACAACAUCUUUCUCCCUCCAAGAAAACUGAGACACAUUCCAAGAGCAAGUUCAUCAGCAAUGAUACUUUCCAUGAUCAAAGGAUCGAGCCCCUCUGAAAGAUCUCGCGAAUUUAUCAUGCCAAUUAUUGAGGAGCAUGGCAUCUGCUUAAAAUAUCAACUAGGCAAAUGGACUGUAGUUGUUGCUGAUUAUGACGAACUCAAGCCAUUCUUAAAGGAUAUCAACACAUUCCCAAAAAGGCAUAUGGUCUUCAGCAAGGAUUUUGACGUAACAAAUGCUCCCAAUAUCUUAGGAACCAAUAAAGAGGUCUGGAAGCGUCAACGAAAAGCCGCAAACCCAGCUUUUCACCGUAGAAUGCCUGUAGCCACCUUUGGAGAGGUCAUGAAGACUAUGUUUAGAACGAUUGAGACCGAUAGAAUCCAAUAUCCAGACUUGGCUUCGUUCAACAGGCGCUUUGCUUUGGAUUGCAUUGGUCUGGGUGGAUUUAGCUUUGAUAUGGGAUCAGUUGCAGAUCCAAAUUCAGAGUAUGCUACUAUCUACAAUGAAGCCUUCAAGAUUAUACAGGAUCCUAUUCAGUUUUUGUUUCCUAGCUUCAGUAAGCUGCCAGCCUCAUGGUUCGCUUACCGCCAGAAAGCUGUAGUCGCUUCUCGUAAAUUUAGGCAGCUCUUGACCGGAAUUGUGGAAACUAGAAAGCAAGCGUUCAUCGAGAGCCUCGAAACUGGGCAUAAUCAAGAAUUGAUAGACAUGGAUCUGCUUACUAUGCUCAUCAACGCAAACUUGAACCAAGAUGGAUCGUCUACUUACCUAACUGAUAGCGAGCUAAUUUCCAACUUAGCUAUCUUUUAUGCCGCUGGUCACGAAACUACCGCCAAUGCAUUGUCGUCUAUGUUGUAUUACUUGGCUGUGAACCCCAAGCAUCAGCAACGUCUUAGAGAGGAAGUGAUCAGUAUCAUGGGUGAUGCACCAGAAGACGCUAUUCCUACGGAUGAACAGCUUCGUCAGAUGAAAUUUUUAGAGUGCUGUAUCAAAGAGUCAAUGAGGAUCAACCCACCAACGUCCGGUAACCAAUUGAGAACGGCUGCUGAAGACACAACGUUGGGCAAUUUCUUCAUCCCGAAAGGAACGGACUUAGGAAUGGAUAUUUGGGUUACACACCAUCUUGAAAAGUAUUGGAAAGAUUCUGAUACUUUCAACCCUUCACGAUUCGACAAAGAAAGUUCAGAUUACGUGGAUUCCACAUGGAUGCCUUUCGGCGCUGGUGAACGUAUUUGCAUCGGCAUGAACUUCAGUUUGGCAGAGCAGCGCAUAUUUCAUGCCAUGUUCACUCGCAAAUACGAGUACUCUCUUCGUCCUAACAGUGAACACGCGAAUGGUAUGGUCAACGCUAAAGCAAUAUUCGGAUUGUUCGGCCCCCAAGACCUCGAGCUCUCAUUAAAGAAGAGAUAUUGACAGACAUGACCAUGACAAAGUUAUAUUAUUAAAUGUCAUUUUCAGUUUUAUUAAAUUGACAGCAUGCUGAGUAGGGAAGACAAGUAUAUCGUGGGAGGAUUAGGACGUGGACGUAGAUAAUAUAGAAACUUGAGCCAUAUAUGAAGGCGAAUACUGGAAUAUCAAAAACGAAGAGAAAUAGGUAACAACAGAAAAUGAUAUUAAACCCAAUGGGCAAGG